GCUGUCGCGGCGCGCGCGCUAUGGAAAGGAGUGGAGCCCGCCGCGGCCCGUCUGCAGUCGGAUGAGGAUAUGCGCCUGCAGCUCUCCACGCUACUGUCCGUCGAUCUAGUGCUGCUCAACGUGACCGGCGGCGUCCCCUGGCGGCGGAGCACUUUUCUCCUCCCGGCGGCGGCCAGACGAGAGCCGGCAUGCGGCCGGUUCGGUCCUGGCAGCAGCUCGCCCGCUGUGCCCGAGGAAUGUCGUCGCCGCAACGAAGGCCGCCCGACGCCGCCAGCUAGGAGGAUAUGCGACUUCGCGGCCCCUGGCUGUUGUCGCCGCUGCAGCUCCUCAUCCCGCUGCUGCUUGCGCCGCCGCCCUGCGUCGACGCGGCGGCGGCGGCGGCGCUUAGCCCCGAGUUGGACCUGAUCGAGGCACUGGGCAACGGCAGCUACGCGGGCCUGGAGCCAGCCAGGGGCAUGCACCGCUGGAGCCCUGCCCUGCGUUUGUCAUCCUCCAGGAGCAGGCAGGUGGCGCUGCCCGCCGAGGUGGCCCGGCACGCUGCGCGCCUGCUGCACUCCUCCGAUGUCACCCUCAUGGCCUCCGUGCGACAGGAGCCUCGCAACGUGGGCACCCUGCUGUCGCUGUGUCGCGACGGCAGCGGCUUUGUCGAGCUGCAGAGCAGUGGUCGCCGGGACGAGCUGCGCCUCCACUAUGUGGCCGGGGGUGGACGGCAGAUGGUCGAGACGUUUCCCUACCGUCUGGCUGACGGGGCAUGGCACCACGUCGCCAUCGCCAUCAGCGGGCCCAGUGUGCAGCUAUUCGUGGACUGCAGCCGUGUGUACUCGCGCCUGCUUCGACAGCCCCCGAAGACCAUCUCGGAGGAGGACGAGCAGAGUGGGAAGCCGUGGCAGCUGUGGCUGGGCCAACGCAAUGCGCGCCACUUCCACUUCCGCGGGGAGCUCCAGGACGUGCGAAUUGUGGCACAGCCGCAGGCCGUGCUGCUCCAGUGUCCUCAACUGGACGCUCAGUGCCCAACCUGCGGACAGUUUCAAGAGCUUCACGAGGCUGUUGCUCGCCUCGAGGGAUACGUCAGCAAGCUCACGCAGCGGCUAGCGGAGGCUGAGCAGAGGAUCGCGUCUGUGGAAGAGUGCGAAUGCCAGCGCAACUGCCAUGUCAACGACACCGUGCGGCCGGACGGCGCGGUAUGGGAGCAGGACUGUGAUAUCUGCACAUGCACAAGGGGCAAGGUCGAGUGCCAUCCCAUCAGCUGCCCCGCACCACCCUGCAAGCACCCAGUGCUGCAACCGGGCAAAUGCUGCCCCACUUGCCUCAAGCGCUGUUUCCUGAAACAGGUUCUCUAUGACCACGGGGAGCAAGUUACACAAAAGUGUGUCCAGUGCAACUGCAGUGACGGCCAGAUGACGUGCCGACGCAUUGACCAGAAGACAUGCCCAAUGCUCACGUGCCCGGAGUCUCAGCGUUUCAGCGUGCCCGGCGAGUGUUGCAUGUUCUGCCCGGGCGUUGACUACUGUGCCCGGGGCCACGACUGCCACCAGCACGCCUCGUGCGUCAACCUACAGACCAGGUAUGCCUGCCAGUGCCGGCCGGGCUACGCCGGCAGUGGUCGUGUCUGCGAGGACGUUGACGAAUGCCUCAAGGAAGGCGGCUUUGAUGGUCACCACUGCCAGGCGUCCAGCACCCGCUGCGCCAACACCCCAGGCAGCUACCGCUGCGACUGCCUGCCUGGAUUUUCUCGGCUGGAUGCCUAUAGCUGCGUCGAGGUAGACGAGUGCGCUGCAGGCCAGCACGAUUGCCAUCGGCUGGCGCAGUGUGUCAACACACCAGGCAGCUACGAGUGCCGCUGCCCCGCAGGUUUCCGGGGUGACGGACGGCGACUGUGCGAACCAGUGUGCUCACGUGGCUGCCUAAAUGGGGGCCGCUGUGCGGCUCCAGAGACAUGCGCGUGUCGGCGUGGUUUUGUGGGCGCCCGCUGCGAGCGGGAUUUGGACGAGUGUGCCGAGGGCGUGCACGGGUGUGACGAGGAGCGCUCUCGGUGCGUGAACAUGCCUGGCUGGUUCUACUGCGAGUGUCGUGAGGGCUACGCACCCACGGCCACCGAUGGGUCGUGCGAGGACGUUGAUGAGUGUGCUCUGGCCACACAUACGUGCCACAGCACUGCCACGUGCGUCAACGAGCGGGGCUCCUUCUCAUGUGUGUGUGCUGACAAUUCUAGCUGCUCGCUCAAGUGCGACCACCGGGGCGUCGAGCGCACCGACGGUGAGCGCUGGCCGGGGCCGGAGCCCUGCACGCACUGUGUGUGCCGUGCGGGUGUAGCGCGGUGCGACAAAAUGCCCUGCCGGUGCGAUUCCCCCCGGGUAGACCUUCGCUGCUGCCCCGAGUGCGACCGGGCCGGCUCGUGUGAGCACCCGGACGAGCCCGGCAUACGGCUUGCCAGUGGCCAGCGUUGGCUGCACAACUGCCAACAGUGCGAGUGCCUACGUGGUGAGCUGGACUGCUGGCCCGUUGAGUGUCCACCACUGCAUUGUGCCGCCCACUCACUGCGGCCAGGAGAGUGCUGCCCGCGUUGCGACCAGGAGGAUGAUGACCAUGAGGAGUGCGCCGGGGCUGCAAACUCAAGCGGGCACCGAGGCUGCAUGCACAUGGGCCGCACAUAUCGUGCUGGCGAGAUCGUGCCGCUGGACCCCUGCGCCAGCUGCAAGUGCGCGGUUCCCGAGCUCUUGGUGAGCAAUGUGGGCUUUAGUUCGCUCCGGAUGGCCACCUCUGCUGCCUGUACUCUGCUGACUGCCUUGGUCGCGAUGGCCCCAGCGUUUCCCAGCUGAGGCUGCCCGGCCGCCCACCGACGCACCACGUUCCCUGAUGUACAGCGUUAAUUUAUUAACUCUUUCUUGAGCGUGUAACUUAUUGAUCCCCCUCCCUCUAAAAAAACUCGCACAACCACAAAACACUCUCUAUGCCCGGGAGGCGCACACAUUCCACCGGAUCUCAGCGACAUUCCUCGCGCGCGCCUGGCAUUGUUAGCAACGAAGCCAAAGAACUGUUGAAAUCACGCGCAAGAGAUAGGUCUAUUAUAUUAUACAUAUUAUAUAUAAGAAUAUAUAUAUUAUAAAUAUAUAUAUAUAUAUAUACUAUUAUGAAAGGUAUGUGCACACACUCGACGUGUGUGUCGGUGAGAGAGAUAACAGAGCGCAUAUAAUAAUGUGCGAUGCAAUGUACAUUCUACUCCUCCGGGUUUUCGAACCCGCGAGAGUUAAGCGAGGCCUUAGCGUGACCGCAGGCACGUUGCAUGUGUUUUCGUUUGUGUGUGCGUGUGCAUGUACGCGUGUGUGUAAAUAGGUUUUCUAGUCUCGCCGUCGACAGCAACACGACACAACCCUCCCCUCGGACGAGAGAAACCUGCCAGCGAAUACCUCAGAGCCGAUGACGGCGUGAGAGAAAUCCCUCGCCUAUCCACACGGCACCCCUGCCCCGCCCCUCUAGGUGCUUUUUGUACACACAAACUUCGUUUUUAUAAUAUACAUACUAUACACAUAUAGGCGUGUGCUCCGCCUCUUUGCUGUUUUUUUUAGUUAAUAUUAAAUGGCACCCGAUAUGAUGGGGAUCUGCAAUAGUGUCUGUUUGCUGGCACUGACACACUGUUCCGGCAGCCCCAAUCUGGGUAUGCAGAACCUUACACAGCAGGCUGUAACACACACACAAACCAACGCCCUGUUUCGUUCGUUUUUUUUUUUCCUAGUCGUUUUUUUUUCUCGCCUCACCCCGUCCUUUCCUUUUUAUUUAAAUAAAACCCUGGUUGAACGCCACUGUGA